AUGACAAGUACAGAUGGAUGCCUGAAAAAAAAAGGACAAUACUCUGUAAAAUCUGCUUACUGGAUUGCUAGAGAACAGGUAAUGGGAAAUUUCCUGACCUCUACUUCAUCGGGUAACCCUUACCAACCUCUAUGGAAGAAACUCUGGAAAUCAAGAGUUCCUGGAAAAGUACAAAUAUGUGCUUGGAGAGCUAUCAACAAUAUCUUACCUACACGACAACAAUUGGUACAUAAAGGUUAUCUUGGUCCUACAAACUGCUUGUUUUGCACCGAGGCACUGGAAACUACUGGUCAUGUCUUUUGUCACUGUCCCACAGCAAAAGAAACUUUUGCAGCCUCCUCAAUCACUUUACAGGUCAGCUCUCUUCCAUCUUUCGUAUUUAAAGAGUGGAUGCUUGAUCAAGCUUUGCACCUAAGUAGUGAUCAGUUUGAGAAAGUUCUUAUGCAUAUUUGGGCUCUAUGGAAAAAUAGGAAUAGUAAGCUAUGGUCUAAUACUGCUCAAAGUGCACAAGCAAUUAUGUUGAGUUCUUUCACAUGGCAUGGUAAUUACUUGUCAGCACAGAAGGUCCAACUACAAGAUUCAGUAGUUAAACCAAAUAAGCAUUGGGCUCCUCCUUCACAGAAUCGAGUCAAAAUCAAUGUGGAUGGGGCCUUCUUGCCUUCACAAAAUAUUGGAGGUAUGGGAGGAGUGAUCAGACGAGAAGAUGGUUCUUUUGUUGCAUGUUUUGCAAAGCCAGUAAAUUUUUCCUCCUCUCCAAAGCAAGUAGAGUUACUUGCCAUAAAGUUUGGAAUCGAUUUGCUUCAGCAGUUAAAUUUACAAUAUGUGCUGGUAGAAAGUGAUUGCCAAGUCGCUAUCAAGGAAGUCUACUCUGACGACUUUGACUUAAGUGAGGAUGCUAAUAUACUUGAAGACAUUCAACAGGGUAAAAAUGUGGUCCAGGCUGUUGGCUUUAUUUUUGCUCCUAGAACAGCUAACACAGUAGCUCAUAAACUAGCUGUUGUUGCUCUUGAAUCCAAUACUGAUAAGGUAUGGAUAGACCAAGCUCCAGUUCACAUUCUGGAUGCUUUAUACUUUGAUUGUAAUCAUCUUCCUUAA